AUUUUUUUAUUAAAGGGAACGUGCAACCUUCACGAUGCUGGGGUCCAAGCCAAGAAAUCGCCCUUGUCGUCCGGGUGUGUCACGUGCUAGCUUCGCCGAUCUGAAAUUCUCCAAGAUGGCUGAAUAUCAAGUGGUCACUGCCGACACAGUCAAUGUUAUGGUCACUAGCAAUAUUACCCAGUUCCCGAUGCAGAAACGAUUUCAGAAAAGUCUUACGAUUCUGGCGCUGAAGAACAAACUGGAGCUGGUGACGGGCGGCUCGGCGGCCACCAUGCGGCUCUCGCUGUACGACAAACAGGACCAGUUCGUGUGCGCCAUGGACAGCGAGACCGCGCUGCUCGGUUCCUUCCCGGUCGACGAGGGUAUGCGUUUACACGUGGAGGACAAGACGUGCAAGAAGGGUGAGUUCGAGGACACGAGCAAUAUCCAGAAGUACGAGCUGAGCGAUGAGCAGUACAACUCCAAACAGGAUACGCUGCGGGCUUACCUGGAGCGCACUAAGCAGGGCAAGUACGACCAGGCCGAGAUGGCGCGGCUGGCGGCCGAGAAGGAGCGCAAACAGCGCGAGGAGGAGGCGCGCGCCGCCACCAUCACGGUCGGCGCCCGCUGCGAAGUGGCGCGACCUGGUCAGCUGGCCACGCGCGGCACGGUCCGCUUUUGCGGUCCCACGGACUUCAGCACCGGCAUAUGGGUAGGAAUUCAGUGCGACGAGCCGGUGGGGAAGAACGACGGCAGCGUGAACGGACGGCGCUACUUCGAGUGUGCGGACAAGUACGGCCUGAUGACGCGGCCGGCGUCUGUCACUGUCGGGGACUUCCCCGAGCGGGCCAUCGACGCCGACGACGACGACGACGAGAUGUGAGGCGCCGACGGCCGCCCGCCGAGACACCGCCGCCGCCUGCCGAGACGCCGCCGCCGCCCGCGGUCCCGCGGCGGCAAUUUUCACCUGUGAGAGGAGGCGAAGCGUCCGCGCUCCCGUGCGGCCGGCGCGCCCGUCGCGAGUAGUGCCCGUGAGAGGGAGACGCUCGUGCGGCG